AUGUCUCCAACUGCUCCAAUAGUUGAGUGUCGGCGAUUCGGUCUGUCCGAGGUGGUCGGUAGACAGUGAGGACAUCGAGACACGGGGAACCGGUAGCCUUGAUGGUUAACCAGAUAGCUUCCGUACUGCAUGCAAACUUGGUGGUGUUAUCCGACACUGCCAGACCUUCAUUCACAUACACAACAAUACCACCACCCUGACGAUGUUCCCUGUCCCUCCGAUAAAUUUGGUAUCCAGGCAAGGCUACUUCGUUAUCGCUAAUAUUCCCGGACAGCCAGGUCUCAGUUAUAUUAUGACCAUGUAUUUACUUGAUAAGAACUGAUAAAAUGUUUCCGUAUAUAUACGUAAACAUAUGCAUGGUUUUUUAGUCGACGUCUAUCAAUCGAGUUUUCCAAGGCUAUGUCUAUAUCCUUUAUAUAUACUAAAUUAUAUUAACCAAUUUACCUUUCUGAAGCGACAGUUUUUUCUCCGUCGAUGUUUACCGAUUCAUACUCAUCCUCUUUUUUCAUGAGGAAUUUUUCUCGCUUCUCGCUGACCGUUUUUAUAUGUGACUGGUUGUUCUACAACCGAACGUUCAAUAAUGUGCAGAAUCUGUCGAUUUGCUAAAAGAUUUAAUCGAAAAUUUAUUACUAUGACGAGACCUCAGAGCGUCUUUCAAUAAAAUGUUUUACCGAUUUAUCGUUUGUAAGAGUUGUAUGUAAGUUUGCAGGUUUUUUAAACCAACUGAACGCUUUUAUACCACUGCGUCCAUAUCCCACAGCCCAGGGAAUUUAGGCUGGGAGGACAUGGACCAAUACGUGAUAUACGACUGUGACUACAGCAUAAUAGUGGAUUGAGCCAUAGAUCCUGCACAAAUGAACUAGGGGAUAGGCUGGGCGUUAUCUCCCCUAAGAGUGUUACCAAUGCCAAUUUCUGGAUACUUAAAUUUAUUCUGUGAAUUCCGGCGAUUAGCAAACGAAUGUGCUCCAGGAAGACAACCUUGUCAGAGCGUACCUGCCGAUACCGGUUACGUUAUAAUCAAUAGCCAUAAGAAAAUUAUUGAUCGGACGAGUUUUGCACCGUUCCCCGAAGAGCAAGUGGUCGUUCCUGGCAGUGAUAUUAGGGGACUAUAUGCGACUAGACCUGCCGGUGACUGAGUGCACUUGCCACUCAUGGUUUGUCCCGUUAAGGGGAAAAAUGCUUCGAACCUUUGUUUUCCCCAAGUUUAUCUAAAUGCCCGUUAGCUGCGUUUAAACUCUUUAGAAUUUGCUUGUGCUUCCCAUUCCAUCUGUAAACUGGUUUGGUAUUUUUGAUUUUCCUGUUGUUGAAUCAAGCUUAUUUUUACUGAAUUUCUUACUAUCCUAGUUAAUUUCCGCAAUGCCCCCUCAGUUUACUAGGUUCCGACUUAACUGCCUGUUUCGAUUUCCAAAUGUUAUUUUUUUAAUGAUGUUUGGUCCGCAAGGUACAAUUUUGUCUCCCUUCUAAUCUUUCCCAACAAACCGUUACAGGACACAUCCUGGAAUUUUCGUUCAGAUGGCCGUUUCAUCGCAAUAACCUUAGCAAUAGUUACAUUACUGAACACCGAAAGGCAACACCCUACAAGGGUAUUUCGUGCUUCGCUUUUCAACCCCCUUCUCAAACGUCUUCUCAUAACCAGCGUUGAACAUUCUGCAGGGCGUAAUCUGAAUGGAGCGCAUGCUAGCAAUUGCGUAGUAGGUCAUAUUAUUGUUGAAAUUUAUAUUAUAACCAGGAAACUGAAUUACCCAAGUAUUCCUCCAAACAUAUAAAUUUUGAUCUGUAUUUAAAUCCGUAGUUAGGAGCGUUUACAAGCUGAGAAAUGUGAUAUUUUUUUCAUUGUUGGAGACCCCUGCGAUACAGUGAGGGAAAUUGAUUUUUGUUGUUGUUCGGAUUAAUGGUACGAAACAGUGUGUUUUAGUCUACUAGGGAGUGGUGGCGCGCGCUACUGGUACCCACGCCCCUUCGAGUAUGUACGUCCCUAAGAGAGUUGUGCCUUGGUUUUGUAUAUCUGAGUAUGAACAGGUCGCCAAUAGUCUCAAAUCAUCCGAUUUAUCGGUUAUAAAAGAGGCUGUUAGGAUCAUGAGAAUUUGGUUGUGCCGUGUUAAUGUUUCAAAAAUCCCACGAUCCAUUUUAUGUACAUACGAACUAAUGGUUGCCAGGCUCGAGCAGUCUACACCGGCACUGGCUUUAGCUAUUAUGCGCUUUAUUAGCUUGGCGUCCAGUGAGGAUCAGGAUCGUCUGCGGAGCCCGCAGGCAAUUCCGGUCUCCUCGCUAGCUAAGAAAGCUGGUUUACCGGAUUGGAUGUCCGACCUUCGUAACGAUAUAGCUCAUGGGCAUUUACCCACUUAUGCGUUCCUCAGUGAGACUUAUUCGGUGUGCAUGGAUUGGCUCAAUGAGUUUUGGCAGUGUAACCUUCCCACAGCUGAGAUGGAUCUCUCGAGCGAUACCGCGGAUGAGGUCGAUUGGAAUCAUUAUUCACCUGAAAAGCUUACAGAGGACCUCGACUCGCCCCUCCAGGCACAAAUUUUAGAGCACUCUUUUGGUGCGUAUGCGUCUGGCCUGAUCAACGGUGGUUCUAUGGAGCCAGAGCAUCUGCACAGCCUGAAGAAAAUACUUCGCAUUUUCAAGCACAAGAACCGGAUAUGCGACGUGGCUUUGAACGCCUUCUUCCGCGUCACACGGUCCGACGACGGCGGUGCCUUACAGUGGGCGAGGCUUUGGUUAGAUGCUUUUCUGGCUGUCCGCGACGGGAAUAAUUCCGCGCUUUCGGAGUUCCUACGGCCUUGUGACCUAUCCACUUUUGAGUGGCGGCCCUGCCUCGAGCAUCUUUGUAGCGUGUUUUCCCCAGAAGUAGGCACAAUCCUCCCAGCAGUCCUAGAGCUGUGUCAUCCAAGACUGCCUGUGAGCAGGAGGGAUGCUGUAUUGGGCCUUUGUGGUGUAGGACAGAGACCAUCUCUGAAACGUGCACAUGAAGGCGUUUGCAAAUGGAAACUGGAAAGAUCUGUCCAAUGGUGGCGACUACCUAUAGGAGUUUUUCCAACUUGCAGUAUGUGGUUAUCUGUCCCUUUUCCUAUUUUCAGAUCAUGCCUCGUCAGGUCGACGGAAUCAAAGAUUUCCUCACCAAGACCCACAGGUCGGACGCAAAAUGUAAGCUCACAUUUGUUAACCGAGUCCUUUGAUAGCGGUGAAGAUCAAGACCAACAAGGACAAUGUAAAAUUCAAGAUCCGCUGCAGCCGCUUCCUUUACACUCUGGUGGUUACAGAAAAGGAAAAGGUCGCAAAAAUCAGGCGUGCCAUCCCUCCAAGUAACGUUUCCCAUUCCAAAUAACUUUAUUUUUAGAUCUCACCGUUACCGACAUAUAA